AUGGACUGGACACGGCUGGAGACGGACCUGGUUCACCAAGACAACGACAGGCGGAUACAGGCAUUGCACCGGCUAGCUGAGGAGCUCAGUCAUGCCGAAGAGGUCGCAGAACCUGAACAGCUCGCCCAGCUUGUCCGGCAAUCGCUCAAGUCGAACAACUCGCACGUCUCGAAUGCCGCCCUCGCCUGUCUUCCAUCCUUGUUCCCCUUGCUCGUGCCCGCCGACUUUGACGCGACCCGUUCUUCCACCUCGACCGUGAAUUCGCUCGCGCACACGCUCAAAAGCGUCUUCACCCUUCUUCUCCCGCUCGACAAGCUCGGCGAUGCGAAGACCGCGACUCGCGAACUGGCCCGCGAGAGCGUGAUCAGCGCGGGAAAGGCGAGUUUGAGACUGGGCGUCGCAGCUGGUACAGGCGCUUCGAAGGACAAGGAGGGCCCUUGGCAGCUCGUUGAGCGAGGCGCUUUGCAUUUCCUUGCCGCCAUCCGAUGUCCCGCGCCCGAAUCUAGCCUUCCACUGCCUCCGCUCCGCCCCUUCACGCCCCUUCUCUUGCCGCUUCUUUCCGACUCCGACUCGACCGUUCGCUCGCUCGCCCUGCACACCUGCAUUGCCGUCUUCACCCACCCCUCCGUCAGCUCAGCGGCGAAAGCCGAUCUCAAGAAGGCGAUGGCGAAGAUGGAAGUGUCGAAGCGCGUGCAGGAGCAGAUCUUGACGGCGGUUUUGGGCGGAUCGACUCCUGCGAUGGAACGCAGUCCGAGCCAAGGCAGCUUGACGAGCUCAGGCGCACGAAGCGAAUCGUCCGCACCAGCGACGUCCGAUACAGCGCCUCCAACUCGGAUGACUCGCUCGCGAGCCGCCGCAGUCGCCCAGUCGUCCAGCUCGACACGGCAACCCCCCUCCUUGCUAUCCUCCCUGCCCUCCGCCGCCUUUCCCCCCGACACAGCGAACGUACACACGCCAUCUUCCGCCGAACUCUUGCCGGUCUACAUCGCUUCGGAGCGUGACCUGCUCGCCGAGUUUGAGGCGAUGAAGUCGGGCUUCGAGGGUAAAGAAACCGAGCAGAAUUGGACGGUGCGGGACCGCAGCAUCGCGCGGAUACGGGGAAUGCUGCUCGGCGGCGUAGCGAAGGGAGAGUUGCGAGGCGUUUUUGCACAGUGCGUUCGAGAGGCGCAGGACGGCAUCAUCAAAGUCUCGUCGUCCCUUCGCACGACGCUCGCCAUCUCCGCCCUCACCUUGAUGUCCGAACUCGCCCACGGACUGCCAGCCGACCUCUUCGAACCGCUUUUCGACGGCUUCCUUUCGCACUGCCUCUCCGUCGCCGGUCAGACGAAGAAGAUCGUCGCCGCGGCGUCGCAGAAUACCGUCACGACCCUUCUUCAGCACUCGACCUACCACCAUCGCACGCUUCAGCUCAUCCUCCUCACCCUCGCCGAAAGGACCGCCUCAGCCCGCCAGUUCGCCGCCCAGCAUGUCCUGACCGUCAUUCGCUGUUACGCCCGGCCUUCGAAAAGUGCGAUAGAGCACACUGGCGGUCUUGCCGACCUCGAGACGGCCCUUCAGAAGGGGCUGGCAGACGCGAACCCGCAGGUCCGGGAGACGAGUCGCACGGCCUUCUGGGAGUUUGAGCGAGUCUGGCCGGACCGGGCAGCUCUCAUUGCGGCUUCGGUUGAUGCCGCCGCGAGGAAACUGCUCGACAAGGUGCGGCCGGCUGGAGAUGCGCCUAAGCUGGACUCGCCGGUCGAGGCGAGACCGUCCGCGAGCACUGCGACGGGUCAAGCAGGGGGCUCAAAGAAGCCGAGCGUUCGGGAGAUGAUGAUCGCGGCGAGACGGCAGAAGGCAGCGGCGGAGAAGGAGGAGCAGGCGGAGGCGGAACAAGCCCAGACGCCUGAACGACCACGACGUGUCUUGUCGACCCUCACCCCAGAGUUGUCACCAUCUCGCCCAGCGCUCUCUCCCGCUCGCUCCUUUCCCGGCCCGUCUAUCCUCCGAACGCCCACUCGCCCGCCAGUCUCGCCUUCCUUCCGAUCCGCCAACAACCUCGCACACGGUACUCCGAAUCGUUCCUCCAUGCGCGUAGCGCAUAGCAGCGCCGUCUCCGAACCCGUCGACGAGGCAUUGCGAGAUCAAGCAAUGCAGGCUGAGCAAGCGGCGCAGCGACUGCUCGAAAUCGCGCAGGACGAGGAGGAAGCCUUCCUUCCCUCGGCAAGGGACGAUGCUGUUGCUCGAACACCGCAACUUAACCGUACUCUGCCGACUGCGGCGAUGCAGACGCCGGCGAAUCCCGCGGUACGGCGACUGGCGCGACCUCAAGCGGUCUUGCAGGACAGUCCGGAUCCACGCGACGGAAGCGGUGCGGGGCCGAGUCGCGGUAGCUGGUGGGUGCAGCGGACAGAGGCGCUGGCGCCGCCUCCGCCGUUUGCGCCAGACUCGCCGGAAAAGCAGGCUGAGAUCGACGGCUUGCUUACGUCUCUGCGGGACUUGUCGAUCGAUGCGACGUCCUUGCGGAAGCUAUCAAGCUUGGCGAAGGAGCGACCGGUGCGGGAGAACGAGGACGAGGGAGUCCGCAGAGCGGACCCUCCGACACCGAGCAAGACGAACGGGCGAGACGUUGGCGAGGGUGACAAGAUCACGACGAACGAGUUCUGGCAGGGCGACAGGCGCUUCGACAAGGUCUACGAGGGGGUCAAGGCACUCCUGCUGCGAACUGAUGCUCCCGAGGCCGGCAUGACCCGCGACGCCGCGCUCCUUCUGCUCAAGGACCUGGUUGAGAACCAGUCGCCCUGCUUCACCGGCUCCGAGGCCGACCUUUUCGACCUGCUCUUCAAGCUGCGCGAGGAUCCAUCUCGCUCGGCGACGAUCGCCCAUUCGUUCACCUCUCGUCUCGAGCCGCUCUACGGCCUCGGCGCCCUCACUCCCUCCCUCUCCGCCUAUCUGUCCUCCGCCUCGACGACUUCCGCUUCCGACGCUCUCGCACGAUCGUUCGCCCUCGGCCUCCGCUUGAUGGGCGGUUUCUUCGAGCAACUGCCUGGCGCGGUUCUUGAAGACGUCUUGCCACAGUCGGCCGACUUGCUCAAGCGGGCCUUGAACGAUGCCAAGUCGGCCGACCUCCGCCGCGCCGCCAUCAUGGCGCUCGUCUCGGCGCAAGUCGCGCUCGACCCGUCGGCUUCAGGUCAGGACGGCAAACUCGCCGAGCUCAUCGGAGGACUUGAGCCGGACCAGCAGAACUUGUUGGCGUACUAUGUUGCGAAGCGGAGGCCUUAG